UGGCUGCAUAUCAAAUUCGAGUGGUUCCUGGGCCAAGUUGUUUCUUCCACACUUUUUGCUGUCUGUUUUGAACCAAAUUCAUGGCUCAAUAGCGACGAACCAGUAUUUCGCCCCCCUUCUCCUUUCCUUACUUCUCCCUCCGUUGUCUAGUCCCCUUUUGUCCGAAGGAGAGCAGAGUGUGCGUUUCGUCAACGCAACUCUCUCUCUCUCUUCCAAUCCCGGAAACAAAGCAAGUCUCAGAAACCAAAAAUGGAGAAAACCCAAGAAAUUGCUCUGACCGAGAUGAAGAAAUCAGUGCAAAAGCUUGGAUCUUCCACUGAGAAGUUUGGAGACCCAACACUCAUGAGGUUCUUGAUUGCGAGAUCAAUGGACCCGGACAAAGCAGCGAAGAUGUUUGUUCAGUGGCACAAAUGGAGGGCUUCUUUUGUUCCAAAUGGGUUCGUUUUGGACGCCGAAGUGAAGGAUGAAUUGGACGACAGAAAGAUCUUCUUGCAGGGUUUGUCCAAGGACGGGUACCCUGUCAUGGUGGUGAAAGCAAGCAAGCAUUUUCCUUCCAAGGACCAGCUCCAAUUCAAGAAAUUUGUGGUUCAUCUGCUUGACAAAACAAUUGCAAGCUCUUUCAGGGGAAAGGAAAUUGGAAAUGAAAAGAUGAUCGGCAUUCUUGAUUUGCAACAAAUGUCAUACAAAAAUAUUGAUGCACGUGGGUUAAUCACUGGAUUUCAAUUUCUACAGUCUUACUACCCCGAGCGAUUAGCAAAGUGCUUCAUCUUAAACAUGCCACGGUUUUUUGUAAGUGUCUGGAGGAUGGUUUCUCGCUUCCUCGAGAAGGCAACACAAGAAAAGGUUGUGAUUGUGACCAGUGAGGAAGAAACAAAAAACUUCAUCAGGGAAAUCGGUGAAGAAACCUUGCCAGAAGAGUAUGGAGGACGAGCAAAGCUUGUACCUCUGCAAGAUGUUAUACUGGCACCAGUGGAGGAUUGAUUCGACAAUUGGGGGCUGCUCUCGCAGUCCGAUAUUCUAGGCAGACUUUUGUACUGUUAACCCGCUAUAUGUGCUCUCAAACAUGACCGUUAGUAGGCAGCUUCGGCCUGGUUCUCUUUGUCAUGAGUAGUAAUAUGUUGGCAUGUAUGAGGGCUUCCUUCUCAUACUCUUAUGUAAUGUAAACAAAGAAGAAAGGUUCUCCAUCUAAAUGAUGAUAAAUUCGGUUCAAAACCCAUAAGUUUUUUAGGCC